AUGUUGGAGCUUUUCAACCCUCCGCAGUUGUAUAUGGCAGUUCGUGGGGCGCUCGGAAGAAUCCACCACAGGCCAGCGGCACAGGCUCCUGCUGAACAGGUCAAUCUGGCCUCUAUGUCAGCAAUAUGGGGAAUUGGAGCUACUUCAGAUGAAAGCCCGAUUGCGCCCCUGUCCGAUCAGAAUAUCCAUUCGCCGUCCGUGCUUCAAUCACAAACGAGCAGAAAUCGGAAGCGGAGAGCCUCCAUGGCCUCUUCGGGCGCCUGGGAGAGGCACAGCAUGGACACUCCUGGUAACUGGCAAACAUUGGCGUUCGGACUGUCGGCCUCGGAUUCUGCACUUCUCCAACCUUUCGACUCGUGUGCUCCUGCUACGCCGCUAUCGACCUUCGCGAACUUCGGUUUCGUUCACUUGGCACCCCAACCUCCGCUCGCGAUGCCGUCAAUCGUUGCAGACACCGCCCAGUCAGUUGAGUUCGCGAUGAAGGGAAACAUCGAUGGACUGAAGAACCUGUUUCUACAGGGACUCGCGUCUCUAAGAGACUGGGCGCUUUACGGCGGAAUGCACCAGUCUGAAACCGUACGGUUUUUGCUCAAUGAAGGGGGAAGGGUCGAUGAAAAUUCGUAUCAACAUGUAUGGGAUUUUGCAUUGCGCAAAAGGUGCAGUUCAGCGGAGCUGCAAGAGCUCCGCUGUAUUGUCAAUAGCGAAGAAGAUAGAAACUGGAUCCAGGAACAGAACUUCCCCUUGAUCCAUGAGAUCAUCCUCGGUCUAUCCCCCAAGUUACUCGCUGACGAGAUCCGGGAAAACCCGGGCGCCGUCUAUAAGAAAGAUGUCCAGGGCCGCACAGCUCUCGACUGGGCCACGGCACGGGCCCAGCUGGACGACAUGGAGAUCCUAAUCGCUCACGGCUCUAACCCGAACGUGAUGGAUAUCACAGGCCGCACCACUAUUCUGCAUGCAGUCGAUAGCCACAACGAAGAUUCCCUCCGCAUUAUCCUCCAAGCCGGCGCGGACCCCAACCCGAAGAUGACGCAAGGCCUGUUCCGUAGUAGCCCGCUCACGUCGGCCAGCUUUGGGGGCCUGGCAGGCAUUAUUAGGCUGCUUGUGGAAUUUGGCGCCGAGGUCGAUAUAUGCAAUCCAGAGGGCCGGACGCCGCUGUACACGGUGGCAAGUAUGCACGAUGUGGACUGUGCGGCUAUCCUGCUUGACUGUGGUGCCAAUCCGGACCACAUGUCGACUAACGGGCAUACUCCGCUUGAUGCGGCGAUAAUCCAUAAUAAUCAUGCCAUGAUAGAGCUAUUUAUUAACCGAUACCAGGGUGACUUGCGGGAGCCCCCAUUAUCGCGUAUCAUAAACGGCGACGACGAGACGCGAUCGAUCCUCAACUCAACCAACAGGUGGAAAUAG